AUGAUGCAACCAGAGAGGAGUGCCCAGAGUUUUGGCUAUAAAUAUAGGCAAAAUUCUUUCACAUAUGAUGUCAAGCGAGAUGUGUACAAUGAGGAGACCUUUCAACAGGAACACAGAAGGAAGAGUAUUUCCUCUGGGAACUUGGACAUCGACAUUACCACCUUCAGACAUCAUGUCCAGUGCCGCUGUUCAUGGCACAAAUUCCUGAGAUGCAUACUAACGAUCUUUCCUUUCCUGGAGUGGGUGUGUUUGUAUCGGUUCAAGGAUUGGCUUAUUGGAGACUUACUUGCUGGUAUAAGUGUUGGCUGUGUGCAAGUUCCCCAAGUCCUGACAUUUAGUUUGCUGACCAGGCAACUGAUUCCUCCUCUCAAUGUCUGUUAUGCAGCUUUCUGUUCUUCAUUAAUUUAUGUCAUUUUUGGAUCAUGUCAUCAAAUGUCCAUUGGUUCCUUCUUCCUUGUGAGUGCUCUGAUGAUCAAUGUCCUGAGAUUGUACCCAUUCAACAGUGGCCACCUGGUUCUGGGAACUUUCAUCAAGGAAGACUUUUCUGCACCCUCCUUCCUUGUGGAUUAUAACAGAUCCUUGAGUGUGGUGGCAUCCACAACUUUUCUGACUGGGAUUAUUCAGCUAUCGAUGGGCUUGUUGGGUUUUGGCUUCCUUGCUACGUACCUUCCGGAGGCUGCAAUCAGCGCUUACCUGGCUGCCGUGGCGCUACACGUUAUUCUGUCCCAGCUGACUUGCAUCUUUGGCAUUAUGAUCGGUUUCCACUCUGGUCCCAUCUCCUUCUUCUAUAACAUAGUUAACUACUGUGCAACUCUCCCAAAAGCUAAUUCUACCAGCAUCCUGCUAUUUCUAACUGCUGUUGUUGCACUGAGAAUCAACAAAUGUAUCAGAAUUUCUUUCAAUCGGUACCCAAUUGAGUUUCCCAUGGAAGUUUUACUGAUUCUUGGCUUCGCUGCUUUUGCAAACAAGAUAACCAUGGCAACAGAAACCAGCAAGAUGCUCAUUGAUAUGAUUCCUUAUAGCUUCCUGUUUCCUGUGACGCCAGAUUUGAACAUUCUUCCUGAACUUAUUUUAGAAGCCUUCUCCUUAGCUCUAGUGAGCUCCUCUCUGCUCAUAUUUUUGGGCAAGAAGAUUGCCAGUUACCAUAACUACCAUGUGAAUUCCAACCAGGAUUUAAUAGCCAUCGGCCUUUGCAAUGUCGUCAGCUCAUUUUUCAGAUCCUGUGUGUUUACUGGUGCUAUUGUCAGGACUAUUAUCCAAGAUAAGUCUGGAGGAAGACAACAGUUUGCAUCUCUGGUAGGCGCAGGUGUGAUGCUGCUCCUCAUGGUGAAGGUGGGACACUUUUUCAACGAACUGCCAAAUGCUGUGCUGGCUGGUAUUAUUCUGAGCAACAUCCUACCAUACCUUGAAAUCAUUUACAACCUACCCAGUCUGUGGAGGCAGAACCAAUAUGAUUGUAUCAUUUGGUUGGUGACAUUCACAUCUGCCAUUUUCCUGGGACUGGAUGUUGGACUACUUGUUUCAAUAGCUUUUGCCUUCUUCAUCAUCACUGUUCAGUCACACAGAACUAAGAUUCUCCUCCUGGGUCAGAUCCCUAACACUAACAUUUAUAGAAGCUUCAAUGACUAUCGGGAGGUUACAAACCUUCCUGGGCUGAAAAUCUUCCAGUGCUGCAACUCCAUCACAUUUGUCAAUGUUGAUCACCUAAAGCACAAGCUGUUGAAAGAGGUUGAAAUGGUAAGGGUGCCUCUUAAAGAAGAAGAAAUGUUCCGCCUAUUUAAUCAAAGUGAAGAAGGCUCACAGGAAGAAAGGAUUUGUCAGUGUUUCUGCAACUGUGACGAGCUAGAGCCACCACCCAGGAUUGUCUACACAGACAGAUUUGAAAGUAGACGGGACCAUGACUCUUCCUCCAUUAACCUGAUCCGCUGCUCACGUUUUGAGAGCAUGAACAUGAGCCAGUCCAUUUCCGAUGACCAAGGACCAUACACCAUAUCUUCAAUGCCUCACAGAAAUCACGGUCAAAACUACGAGGGCAUGGACAAAGCUCGGCUUUCUAAUAACCCCUCUAGAAACAACUCGAUGCCACUGCCUGGCACUGCUGAAAACCAGGAGAGGAGGAGAUCAUUCCUUCCCCACUCAGAUAGCUCUCUUCUACCCAGCAUCCACACCAUUAUCCUGGAUUUCUCCAUGGUACAUUUUGUGGAUUCACGGGCUUCGGUGUCGUUAAGACAAAUGUGCAAUGCUUUCCAAAAUGCCAACAUUUUGGUACUCAUUUCAGGGUGUCAUUCUUCUGUGGUCAGGGCAUUUGAGAGGAAUGAUUUCUUUGACGCUGGCAUCACCAAGGCCCAGCUGUUCCUCACCCUCCACGACGCUGUGCUGUUUGCCUUGUCAAGGAAGUUUCCAGAGUCAUCCGAGUUAAGCAUGGACGAAUCUGAGACAGUGAUACAGGAAACCUUCUCAGAAACAGAAAAGAAUGAAGAGUCAGAACAUAAAAUGAGCAGCGGUCUUCUAGAAGUCUCCAAAAACAUAAAUCCAGAUUACACCAUGAUGCAGAGACCAAUAACAGAGGAGGACUUGGAGCUAGACCUGGAGCUGGAGCCCACACUGGAGUCAGAACAAGAAACUGGGCUAGAUCUAGAGCUAGACCUGGAUCAUGAGAUGGAGCCUGAGUCAGAGCUAGAGCUAGAGCCUGAACCAGAGCUAGAGCCUAGAUUGGAGAUGGAGCCUGAGUCUGAGUCCAUGCCCAGACCAAGGGCUCAGACUUUUCCUCGGCAGCAGUACUGGCCUCUGUAUCAGUCUAUGCCUCCUGGCUCCCCAAGUCAGGCUCGGCCUAGGACACAGUCAUUGGAGAGGAGGCAUCAGGGUCUGAAUUCAUAUUCACCCAAGGGCAAUAACACUUAG